AUGAGAGAAAGGUUUUUUUUUUCGUUAGCAAGAAUAUCAGCUAUACAAGUGCUGCGUUCAGCAGGAAUUACUCGUGCAAAACCGGUAGUAGCGGAUAGUUUUACUGAUAUUUUUAUUCGGUACCUUGUUUUAUUGGGUACGACAGCGAAGCACUUUGCAGAAAUAUCAGGACGACCAUUAGUUGAAAUGGAAGAUUUACGAGCGGCAAUGGAGAGUAUUGGAUUAUUAGGGGUAUCAUCAGCAGAAGAUGAUGUUGAACCGAUAGAAAUAUUUUUGAAUUGGUGUAAGGGGAAUUUUACAGCAGAACUUCGACAACUGUCAGGUCAAGAGUCUAAACCGGGUAAUAUGAGUAUAGGAUGGCUAGACAAAUUAAUGCAGAAACAUAUUAAGGAAAAAUUUCAAGGAACAGUUCUUGAUAGUAAUGUAGAAACACAAGUUCCUAGAUUAGCGGAUCCUCGUAUAAUUAAUUUAUCGCCAUUGAAUGAGAAGAUUGAAACAAUGUUAAAAAAAUAA